GACGAAGAAGCCACGAAGCGGUACUGUCGGAUGAGUGAUGAUGGACAGAAGCAGGAUCAAGCUGAGCGAGGGAAAGGUCAGGACGAGAGAGAGAUCACCGUCCUGCCGCGGAGGAAGACAGAUGAACUGGACGACAAUACGAAGAUGACAGCAUCGGGCUCGACCUCUUGUUGUUCGUCUUGUAUCAGUCUGAAGGACCGAUGUCCUCGACCACAGGGACUCAUCAACCUGCUUAUCACUAAAGUGUGUCUGUUUGCUCUGCUGUUUGGAGUUGUCUGGGCCAUCACAGGAAGUGAGUGUUUACCUGGAGGAAACCUGUUUGGCAUCGUCAUCCUCUUCAUCUGCUCCGUGCUGGGAGGGAAGCUGGUGGGAAUGAUUCAGCUGCCCACACUGCCCCCCUUCCCCCCACUACUUGGUAUGCUGCUGGCAGGGCUGGUGCUGCGUAACGUUCCCUACAUAGCGGACGCUGUCUUCAUCGACACUCACUGGUCUGCAGCUCUGAGGAACGUCGCCCUGUCCAUCAUCCUUACCAGAGCCGGACUGGGCCUCGACCCCUCGGCGCUGAGUCGCCUUAAGGCGGUGUGCGUGCGUGUUGCGGUCGGUCCCUGCAUGGUGGAGGCCUCCGUCGUUGCUGUGGUUUCUCACUUCCUGUUGGGUCUGCCAUGGGUCUGGGGCUUCAUACUGGGUUUUGUCCUGGCCGCAGUGUCUCCUGCAGUUGUGGUUCCUUCGAUGUUGCUCCUGCAGAGAGAAGGAUACGGCGUAGAGAAGGGAAUCCCCACCCUGCUGAUGGCUGCAGGGAGUUUUGAUGAUAUUCUGGCCAUAACAGGAUUUUCUACCUGUCUGGGAAUCGCCUUCUCUACAGGUUCUACGUGGAUGAACAUCCUAAAGGGUCUGCUGGAGGUGGUGGGAGGGAUCAUAGCCGGGCUUAUCCUGGGGCUGUUCUUGUCCUGUUUCCCCAGCAAAGACCAGGAGGACCUGGUUUUGAGGAGGACUCUCUUACUGUUGGGUCUGUCCAUAUUUUCGGUCUUCUUCAGUCAUGUUGUCGGUUUUGCUGGAGCCGGUGGUCUCUGUACGCUGGUGCUGGCCUUUUUGGCUGCUCUGGGCUGGAAGACCAACAAGGUCCCGGUGGCAGCCAUGGUGGGUCGGUCAUGGGAUGUGUUUCAGCCGCUCCUGUUUGGUCUGAUUGGAGCAGAGAUUACCAUAGCAACCCUCAGCCCCAGCACUGUGGGUCUGGGUCUGGCCUGUAUCAGUAUUGGUCUGGUGAUCCGCCUGCUCGUCACCUACCUGCUGGUUCAUUUUGGAGGAUUUAACCUGAAGGAGAAGCUCUUCAUCGCUGUGGCCUGGCUGCCUAAAGCCACAGUACAGGCUGCCAUUGGCUCCAAGGCAUUGGACAUGGCGAGGGAGGAGGGGGACCAGACCUUGAUAAAAUUUGGCUUGGACGUGCUAACGUUAGCGGUGUUAGCUAUCCUGGUCACAGCCCCCAUUGGAGCACUGGGUAUUGGACUAGCGGGACCUCGCCUCCUGGCCCGGCAGGUCAAAGCAGAUGAGACAGAAGAUGGAGGCACUAGUCCAAGCAACAAUGGGAUUGCUCAAGAAAAAGACAACGUGACACUUGAGAGCAAGUUAUGAGGCUUCUGACUGGACAGACAAAAGAAAGUAAUACUGUAAAUUAUACACUUUAAGUAAACCUUGUGUAGUUGCAGAUAUGCAGAUAACUGUAACAUAACUUUUAUAUCUGUUUCUUAAAUGCAUUGACAUGCUAAUGCUAAUGUUUUACUGUUUGUACUUUUAUGUCUGUAUGGAUUUUAAUGUUUUAUCCAUGUUUUUGUGUUGUCUGCUUGUGAUUAUAAGUGUAUGUUUUUUUUAAUGUCGUCUUAGCUUAUUAUUAUUAUUAUUAUUAUUAAUAUUUUUUUUUUUUUACAGGUAGUGUUAUUAGGAAAGACAUGAGAGGUCCAUAUUUGUUAAAAAUGUCAGGUAAUUCUGGAUAGUUUAGCUCUAAGUUGGAUAUAUAAGAGCUUUCCCAGUCAUUAUAACAAAUUAGAUGUUGACAUAAAUGUGUAUUUAUGUGAUAAAUCACAAUACAAUUUAUACACAAUGAGUUAGCUAGCUAAUGCACAUGUAGCAUCCUAUAUUUAUUAAUUCCUCAAAGUAGUAAGUAAGUAGUAAUUGUUUAUUUGUCACACAUUUGUCACGUUUUAAUUUCAGUUAUUGUUCAUAUUUUUUGUUUGCAUAUGUGAAGUGGAGUACAGGUAAGGUAAUUCAUCAUUUGGGGAUUGGCAGCUACUUUAGACAGCAUGCUAAUCGGACUGGGGUAAGCUUUUGUGGUGAAGCUUUUAUAGCUCUUCAGAGCUCGAAGGGCGGGUGGAAAGCUGUCACAGAGAUGUGGGAGAUGUGAUUGAGAUAACAGCUCAUUUUCAGCCUCUCUCGGAAGAUAGUCACAGUGUUUCACUUCUUUGUUUGUGUGGAAAGUGACAAAUAGUUGUACAUAGUACUUUCUCACUUUUACAUGGCUGACUAAUCUCACUGUGAAGUUGGUGUGAAUUUAGGAUUGUUUGUUUGUUGUUUAACCAAACAACAAAUAGUUCUGUUUGGGUAUAUUGCCUGUUUGGGUUUAAUUAGCCUCGCAGGUGAAACAGUUAGCUAACAGGUUGACACUAUUUAAAUGCAAUCAAUCCAAACCAGGCUAAUGAUGAAAUAUUAAGGAAAUUAACCAGAUGUGUCCAGCUCUUUUGAGAUUUACUGGCUGCUUUUAUUAGAUUAUCAGUAAUCAUUAAGUAUAAUAUUUUAUCAUUACUAUUUAUAUGUGUUUUCUGUUAUUGUUAUUAUACUUCAUUUCUGUAAUUCCCUGUCCUACUAAUGAACAUUUCCAAGAAUUAUUGUGAAUUUUUAAUCGUUCUUUCAUACACCAUGUGCCUUUAAUGAAUGGCUCAAUAAAUCCUUGUCAAUAAAAUUACAACGUGCCCUCUUCAUUUAAGACAAAGCACUAUUUCGUCUGUAUUUCUGGAACAAUACCCUUUGAUCAACAGAACAACUGUAAUUGAUUCAGAGAAAAUGCAUCUAAAUUACCCACUGUCUACACUGUGUGUCAGCUGCAUUCAGACAUCAGAGAGUUAAGUAUCUUCAAAUGAGAAUAAAUUCAUGACCAGUAAGCCCUACAUUGCAUCCUGCUUCAUCAAAAUGAUUGGGGGGAUGAAAUCUGGUGUAGGAUGGGCUUCACUAGUCAGUUCCACGAUCCUGGUUCCUUACCAAAACUUUUAGGUCUCCUCGCUCUUUUAAGCAAAGAUCAAUGUAGAAAAUAUUUAGAGACACAAAGAUAAUUUGUGAGGAUCAUCGAAUGGAUUUUGUUUUCGACAGAGUGGAGACUCUUACAGGAGCAUCUCCCGGUUAAACUUUGAAUAUCUGAUCAAUGAUUAAAGCCAAUUAGCUUUAGAGUUGUGAG